CGUCAUUGUAGAAAAACAAAAACAAACCUCCCGUCUUGAAAUAUCAACUCUGUUGUGUUUCGCUCAGUUUGUCUCGUUUACCGCUUUAAAAAAAAACCCUCCGUAUCGUCUCGACUCUUCGUGUUCAUGGUUGUCGUUCGGGGCCGGGGGACGCUGUAGUUGACCGGUAGCAGCUCGGUGACGGCGGUGUGGCAGCCAUGGCUCAGCAGAGAGGAGUCAACAGCCUGCAGUUCAACCAGGACCAGAGCUGUUUCUGCUGCGCGAUGGAGACGGGGGUCAGGAUCUAUAACGUGGAGCCCCUGAUGGAGAAGGGUCACCUGGACCAUGAGCAGGUGGGCAGUGUGGCCCUGUGCUCCAUGCUGCAUCGAUCCAACCUGCUGGCCGUAGUUGGAGGAGGAGUCAAUCCCAAGUUCUCAGAAAUAUCCGUUCUGAUCUGGGACGACGCUCGGGAGUCACGAGACCCCAAAGACAAACUGGUCCUGGAGUUCACCUUCACUAAACCUGUUCUGGCCGUUCGCAUGAGGCAUGACAAGAUCAUCAUUGUCCUGAAGAACAGGAUCUAUGUUUACAGUUUCCCAGACAACCCCGUCAAACUGUUUGAGUUUGACACCAGAGACAACCCCAAAGGUCUGUGUGAUUUAUGUCCCAGUCUGGAGAAGCAGCUGCUGGUUUUUCCAGGUCAUAAAUGCGGCAGCCUGCAGCUGGUUGAUUUGUCCAACACCAAGCCUGGAACAUCAUCCGCUCCUUUCACCAUCAACGCCCACCAGAGCGAGAUCGCCUGCGUGGCUCUGAACCAGCCCGGCAGCGUGGCGGCUUCGGCCUCUCGCAAAGGAACGCUCAUCCGCCUGUUUGACACCACGACCAGAGACAAGCUGGUGGAGCUGCGCAGAGGAACCGACCCGGCAACCCUCUACUGCAUCAACUUCAGCCACGACUCCUCCUUCCUCUGCGCCUCCAGUGACAAAGGCACCGUCCACAUCUUCGCGCUCAAAGACACCAAACUGAACCGCCGCUCAGCACUGGCUCGUGUGGGGAAGGUGGGGCCUGUGAUCGGUCAGUACGUGGACAGUCAGUGGUCGUUGGCCAGCUUCACUGUUCCCGCCGAAUGUGCCUGUAUCUGUGCUUUUGGAAAGAACACGUCCAAGAACGUCAACUCCGUCAUCGCCAUCUGUGUGGACGGGACCUUCCACAAGUACGUGUUCACCCCCGAUGGAAACUGCAACCGAGAGGCCUUCGACGUUUAUCUGGACAUCUGUGACGACGACGACUUCUGAGGCCGGAGACAGAAACCGGGUUACAGACAUUACCGGAAGACGUGAGGACGAAGGAGGAGGACCGAGUUAAUGAUUAUCGUUCUGUUCUGGAGACGGAACCAGAGACACGUGGACGAAGACGCACUCGACGCUGAUGUGUUUGUAAUCUGUAGCAGUGUGAAUAUAAAUACAGUUUUCCAUUAGCCUGUAAACCUGUUGCACCGUGAGUCUGACCCUGAAAUGACCAACACACUUAAACCUUGGAAGCUCGGUCAUUUGUAAGUAAGUACUUUUAUUUAUGUGGCUCCUUCAAAGAGCAGACGUCACAAAGUGCUUCACAGUAAAGACAAAAAAGCAACAUAAACAAAGAGGCUAAAAACACAAAUGUACAUUAAAAUAAGAUGGUAAAACUAAUUGUUUUUGUGAGCGAUUACUGGUUCAAGUCAAACCGAAAAUAAAAUUCAUUUUUGCUAAGAAA